GCCACUCUGCAUGUCGGGAGUUACGUUUCAAUCCAGUCUGUUUACGUCUGCGCUGCACAAACCUCAUAAACUGGAGGCAUUCGAUAAAGUCAGAGCGCAGCCUGUAAGGGAAACAGCAGAAGCAGGAUGAAAGGUAUCCUUAAGAGCUGACCUAAUGGCUUCCUCUUCCUCGGGAGCAGCAGUGGCCGAGAUUACGGCCUCCCCGGUUUCCAGCGGUAAAAUCACGGCGUCCGCUUCCCAGUCCCGGGCGAAGAAGCGACCGGCCAGCCCCGCUGUCGGUCCCUGCCAAGGCGCGGGCAGCAGCGGGAACAGCAGUAAGAAGAAGAAGCUGAGCUUCACCCCCUCUGGCCCCCAGGGGCAGGCUCCGUCCCUCGAUUCUCCUGUCGACCCAAAGGCCGCCGCCCCCUCCGAUCAGGCGGCAGUGGAGUCCUGCGUUGCUGCCAAACCACAGCCCUUUAAGGAUCCCAGUUUCGUGCACUCCGGGAUUGGUGGGGCGGCUGCGGGCAAGAAAAACCGCACGUGGAAGAACCUGAAGCAGAUCCUGGCUGCAGAGAAGGCCCUACCAUGGCAGCUGAACGACCCCAACUAUUACAACAUUGAUGCCCCUCCUUCUCUGAAACCAGCCAAGAAGUACUCUGACAUCUCUGGGCUUCCGGCCAGCUACACGGACCCCCAGACGAAGCUGCGCUUCGCUUCCAGUGAGGAGUUCUCCUAUAUCCGCCUGCUGCCCUCGGACGUGGUGACGGGCUACCUGGCUCUCCGCAAGGCCUCCUGCGCGGUGCCCUGAGGGUCCCGCCUCCUCCUGCGCGGUGCCCUGAGGGUCCCGCCGCCUCCUGCGCGGUGCCCUGAGGGUCCCGCCUCCUGCAUGUGGCUCACUGGGCUUUGGGGACCUGCCACUGCCCCAUGUGACUCAUCCAGCCUGAUACCCAGCGUGCUGAUGCCAUUCUACCCCUUAGAGGCAGCGGGUUUGUGGACGAUUUGGACGGAUGACAUCAGUAGGAGAAGAGCUGUUUUGUUAUCUCACGGACCUGUGAGAGAAAGCCCUCCUUUCAAGUAAAUGCACAAUGUUCUGUUCUCCUGGCAUUUAGAAGCUGAAGAAUUGGGUUUGUGAGCUAAUUGCAAUACUAGUUCCGUUAUUACCAGCCAGAGUCUCGUUCACGGAAAUGUAUUACCCAUUUCUGGUGUAAAUUUUAUCCCCCCCCUGUACAUUUGGGGAGCACUGGAGGACAUGGUGUGUACAGACAUAGUGAAACCCCUCCCUCCCGUUCAGGUUUCACCAAAGACCAGCAUCUCCUGUAAACUUACCAACCUGUUUUAGUGAGAGAGGAAAGCAAUGCAGUGGCUGCCCCACCUGGUUAAUGACCUUGCUGGUCGUCAGCAUGUCCUAUGCGCAUCUUCUGUGAAGAUCAGGCGACUUUGUUAAUCUGCUCUUAAAUACAUUUUAAUGGAUUAUA